AUGGCGUGGUCAGUAUUUUCGUUAAUUUGCUUUUGCUCUGUGACAUCAAUUGCAUUUGGUGUUGAUACAUAUAAAAAUCCUCAUUUUUUACCUGAACAUGAUACAAUUGUGCAUUUAUUUGAAUGGAAGUGGAAUGAUAUUGCUGAAGAGUGUGAAAACUUUUUAGGACCAAAAGGCUUUGGUGGUAUCCAAAUAUCACCUGUUCAAGAGAAUGUGAUAAUUUCAACAAGACCAUGGUGGGAACGUUAUCAACCAAUUUCAUAUAAAUUUAUAACUCGUUCAGGAAGUGAAGAUGAGCUGAAGAACAUGUUGAAAAGAUGCAACAAAGCAGGUGUUAGAAUAUAUGUUGAUAUUAUUCUUAAUCAUAUGUGUGCUGAUCAAGAAGGUGAUGCAAUUGGAGUCGGUGGUUCACAUGCAGAUCCAGCAUCAAGAAAUUACUAUGAAGUACCAUUUGAUAAAUCUGAUUUUAACGAAUUAUGUACUGUUACUGCUUACAAUGAUCCUGUUCAAGUAAGAAAUUGUGAACUUUUUGGAUUACAUGAUUUAAAUCAAGGUGUUGAAAAUGUGAGAUAUAAAAUUGUUGGUUUUAUGAAUGCUCUUAUUGAUAUUGGAGUUGCUGGUUUCAGAGUUGAUGCAGCAAAACACAUGUGGCCUGCUGAUUUAGAAAUAAUAUAUUCACGUCUUGAUAAUUUAAGUAUUGCUCAUGGCUUUGAAAAAAAUUCAAGACCAUUUAUUUAUCAUGAAGUUGUUGAUGGAGGAAGUAUAUCAGUAACAGAAUACAAUGGUCUUGGAGUAAUAACUGAAUUUAAAUAUUCAACAAAUCUUUAUGAUGGAAUAAAAGGAUUAAAUCCACUCAAAUGGUUUGCUAAUAUUGGUGAAGAAUGGGGACUGAUGAAAAAUUCUGAUGCAUUAGUAUUUGUUGAUAAUCAUGAUACUCAACGUAGUGGUUACUUGGCAAAAUCAUUGACACACAAAGAAUCUAAACUUUAUAAAAUGGCUGUGGCAUUUAUGUUAGCACAUACAUAUGGUCUUCCACAAAUUAUGAGUUCAUUUUCAUUUGAUUCACCUAAUCAAGGUCCACCAGCAGAUUCACAAGAUAAUAUUAUUUCACCUGUUUUCAAAGAAGAUGGUAGUUGUGAUGAUGGUUGGAUAUGUGAACAUCGCUGGCGUCAAAUUUAUAACAUGGUUAAUUUUCGUAAUAUUGUUAAUAACAGCACAAUAACAGAAUGGUGGGAUAAUUGGAACAGUCAAGUUGCUUUUUCACGUGGUAAUGCUGGUUUUAUUGCUAUCAAUUCUGAUUCAUAUGAUCUUAAAACUGAUAUUCAUACACAACUACCAGCUGGUACAUACUGUGAUAUUAUAUCUGGUUAUAAAAAAAAUAAUACAUGUACUGGAAAAACUGUUGUAGUUAAUUCAACUGGAUGGGCAUAUGUUGAAUUAUUAUUAAAUGAUGAAGAUGGAGUUCUUGCAAUUCACAAAAAUGAAAUGCUGAAAAUUGAUUGAAAAUUCCAAAGAGAUGA